CGCCCUCAGGCAAAGGCGUCGUCACGCCCCAUGUCAUGGGCCGCCGGAGAGCACAGCCAUUCCCAUUCUCAUUCGCACAGUUCUGAGUCUUCCCCUCGGAAUGGUCUGAAGAAAAAAGAAAGCACGAGUUCCAUAAAUCAAAAAAGAUUAUCUGCUGGAGCAGAGCUUUCUAGGAGGGGAAGCUCGGCGUCCUUGCUGAGUUCCGAUGGCGCCCCUAAUCUAGGUCGGCGGGACAGCCUGGCAUCCCUCCAAGGUUCGGAUGGUUCAUCAUCCAGAGCGCCCAGUGCAUUAGGUUUACGAUCCGAACGCCCAGCGUCCGCGACCAAAGAGAAAGCUGCUGAGAUGGAGCGCAAUUGGAAUAAACCCCGUCCGAGGCUUUCUUCCGCUAAUCUUCGCCUUCAUCAGUCAUCAUCCUUCCAGCGGUCCCGUACACAGAGCUUUCCUUCUCGCCCGGAUUCGGCACAAUCCACGCAGUCCAUCGUUUCUACGCAGUCUUCUCGUUCACAGGUACCAUCGUUGAAGCCCAGAAGUCAACGAAGGACUUCGUCGAUAACAAGUUCUGGUCGCGGUAGUUCUAUCGGAAGUAUUGAUCCAGACGAGGAGCCGGAGUUUGAGGAAGUGGUCCUGCACGAGAGAGAGCGGAAUUGGAAUAGUCCACAUCCGAAGUGGGAGAUCAGUAGGCGUUCCAUCUCUCCUGCUCCCCCAUCCAGGUCAACAUCGCCUAUGCCGUCGCCCUCCCCAACCCACAGUCGUUUUAGCUUGAACUUUAGGCGACGGACUGAAAGCCUAGGGAUCCUCAAGGGCACUCCACCGGAGGAGAAGACGGGAGGAACCGCUUCGAUGAAGACGCCGGCGAAGAAACCUGGGUUACGGACUGCAGCUAGUCAGUCCGCACUGUCAGUCUCGGGCCAUGGUCCCAAGUCCCCGUCCUCUCCUCACUUGCAGGCUAAAGCGGGUUCGCAAUCUCCGUCGUAUCUUGGUCUCGAGCCUAAGCGAGCCAGUCAUAUCCCGCGACCCAAGUCCCCUAUGCCUUCAUCGCAGAGUCGGGCGAAAUCCAACCCCGAGCUCUCAAAUGCUGGUCACCGUCCUACUAAACUUCCGACGUUCAAGGGCGCUGGAUUCCAGUUCCCGUCUAGGAGCCAUUCUCCACUUCCGCCUCUCGAGUUGGACGAAGAUUCGAUGGAUAACUCAGACCAUGCUCUAAACGUCAACGAUGAGAACACUCGUUCGGAUGGUGAAAUCGAUGGAUCAGCCGAAGCAUCUCAUUCACCCGAGGAGAGUAGGGAACCUCCAGCUGAGAGCAAUGCAGCACGGAAGAGAGGCCAUAGGCGGAGCUUGACGGAGUUCAGCGUGGCUGUAGGCGCUAUACCUCCAUUGCCCAGAGUGGACUCUGUUGCCUUCCCUACGGAUGCCCUUAGAGUGCCGACGGACGACGUCUUCACAAGCGACGAGGAGUCGAUUCCAGCUACAAGCACUCCCACCAUCCGGGUCACCCCGCUUCCUGCCAGCGAUGCCCCAGGAGCGUCUGAGUCGAAUGGUGAACGUGCCAACGACGAAAGUGGGCCACCGCAACGGGAACGCGGAUCUCUUGAAAACCCUCCUGCCACCCCUCCUGGAACACCACCGGGAACUGAUGAACCUUAUCUAUCUUUGGUCACCCCUCCCCGUCCUCAAUCCUUUACCCCGCCCAGAGUAGAAACGGGCGCACCGUCUCCUACCAAGGAUAUUCCUGAGUUACCUGGCCCUCCUUCGUCCUCCGAAGAAGAUACUGAAGAUGUGCAAGGCUACACGCCCGAGAGACCUGCGACCAUCGGUAACAAUAUAAACUUCUCCAUGAUGAAGACUCCUAAACCUCCCGGUGCUUGGGCGGCAACUCCUGUUCCUCCGAGGUUGCCGCCUAGUCGAGCCCAUUCGCUUCCCGAAGCCGGUGAAGAGACGGAGACGGAACAGGAGAAUGGGCAUGCUACACCAGUGUCAUCCUUGUCGCGGGCAGCCUCCUUACCAACUCAGACGCCCGCACCUCCUGGUGCGUGGAUGAAUACGCCGGGAUCGAGGCGGAAAAGUAUCUUGAAAGUUAGAUUUGAAGUCGAGACCUCCGAGUCCGAGGCGUCUCAUGCGGGUCUGGGCAUCGGAAAUGGUGCUCCGUACGGAGCGCCUCAGUUCAAACUCGAAGAUAACUCCGACGAGAGCGGUCUGCAACAUGCGCGGGAACCUGCGGAACACGGUCCCGACGGUGCAAAUGCGCUCAAGAGCAACGAAGAGCAGGCGUCCGAGCAUCCCAGCUUCUCGUUGACGCCUCCGUCUCCCCAACGUACUCCUCGCAAAGGCCCUAGCAUCCGUGUACUCGAUGCCUUCGGCCGCGAAGCACCUAAUGAUGAGGUCGCGAUCAAGCAGGAAGAUGAUGAUGAGGAAGUCCAGGUUAAAGAAGAAGCCACUACGAGCCAGCGGAAUAGAAGCUCUAUCAGGAUUGUCGACGCGAUGGGCCGCGAAAUUCUUGAGGAAGUCGAAUCUAGCGCCGACGUGAGCACUCUGAACGGAGAUUCGCCGCUGUCUCAAGGUCAGGCAUUGGCUCGCGUGCGAGAGACUAUUGCAGAGUUGAGGGAAGGUUUCAUUGAGGCUGAACGAUCCCAGAAUAGUCUGGGGAUCCACGACAGCCGUGCCGAGGAGCUGCAACGAGUCUCGCGCUCCGCUAGGGAUGCGCGAGAUAAGAUUUUUAGGUCGUUGCAGAUGGUGCGAAGUUCAGACCCCGAACUCCGUUCCAGGCUUGGGCCUUUGAAGGAGAGCAUGAGGAAUAACAGACUUUUGUCUGGGGUAUUGGAAGAUGGGCGCUGGAGGCUUCCCAGUCCCUGGACUAUUGCGUGCUUCAUUACGUUGCAAAUAGUCUUGAUCUUUAUCAUGUACAAGGUUUCCGUUUUACGUGCGCGACGCAUCUUUUUGACGACCUACUACGAUCCAUUCUAUCCGGACCUACACCUUCAUCUGAUCAAACGAGAUACCCUGCACCACGUAUCCAUCACUACUCCCACUUCUUGGUCUAUCUUCUCUAUCCCAGACGGCGUACAGCGAGUGGGUUGGCGAGGAGCUUUCUCGGAGAUGUGGGGCAACAUGACCUUGGGCGUCACAAACUUGCAACAACAUGUUUGGAGGGUUUGGGGAGCUGAGGACCAACCUCUGUCCUGGCCACCAACUUGACGAAGGCACAAUUAUAUGCGACACCUCUAAGCCUGUCAAAACUUGUUUUGCUCUUGUUUUCGUAACUUAACCUUCAUCUUUCAUCCGGUUCAUGUAUUUUAUUUACCUGGGGUCGCGUAGACUUGUUGUAUGGUUACCACAUUCGCAUUCCGUUCUCAAUGAAGUACUCAGUACUAGUCCCUGCG